AGCAUCCAGGAAAAGGCUCCUCUAGUUGUCUGGCAGAUGAUAAAUAUUCACAGACUAAAGCCCAUGCAGGUGGGGAACUGUUUAAUUGCAAUGAAUGCGGUAAGAUGCAUAACCACCGGGGAGUUCUGCAAAGACGUGUGAAAAUCCACUCUGGAGAAAAGCCCUUCCGAUGUGACGUUUGCGGUAAAAGCUUCAGACAAAAGGGAAUCCUGCACACGCACAUGAGAAUCCACACAGAGGAGCAAGCGUUUAGCUGUAAAGUCUGUGGGAAAAGAUUCAGAUACGAUUCCGCGCUGAAGUCUCACGUAAAAGUCCACACGGGGGUGAAGCCGUUCAGUUGCAGCGUUUGUGGAAAGACCUUUCUACGGCAACAAGGUCUAAAGAUACACUCGCUGGUCCACACGGGAGAGAAGCGCUUCGUUUGUUGCUUGUGCGGUCAAAGAUUUAAACAUCAGUCAACGCUGCUCAGACAUGGAAACAUCCACACGGGGGAGAAGCCCUUCAGCUGCGACGUUUGUGGGAAAACAUUCAGGCAACAGGCCAGUCUGCAGCGACACAAGAAGGUCCACACGGGAGAGAAACCUUUCAGCUGCACCGUCUGCGGAAAAACCUUCCUGCAGAAGACGCAUUUGAAGAGACAUUCCAGGAUACACACAGGAGAAAAGCCGCUCUCGUGUAAAGUCUGCGGCAAAGGAUUCAAGGAGAUGACGCACUUAAAGAGACAUGCAGAAAUUCACACGAGACACAAACCUUUCUCGUGCUUUGAGUGCGGUAAAAAUUAUAGACGGCAGGGAAAUCUGCAGAAACACAUGAGAGUCCACGGCGGAGAUAAAACGUUUGGUUCUGUUGUUUGGGGUGAGGACUUAGUCCGACAGUUCCAGUGCGUGUUCGGAGACAGCCCCUAAUCUAGAAACUGUUUCUAGAUGGAGAUGUUACUUUUUCCUUUUCUUUACCGAGCCGACUAGGGUUGCCACCUUUCAGAAAUAGAAAUAAGGGACGCCCUGAUUUCAGCAGCGCAGGAGCCAAAAAAAAGCCCCAAAACUUCUAAACUGAAUAAAAAUGUGUUUAUUUUAUAUGAAAAAACAAAAUGCUUUGAUUUAAAGUUUAAAGUGCUUUAAUAGCAUUGAACUUGCAUGACUGUAUAGACAGCCAACCAUACUAGCAACUGAAAUA